UGUUGAAGUGUCUUAUUUGUUAGCUGUGCCUCUCACAUUGCGUUUACUCUCCAGGAACUUGAUCUUGGCAGAUUAAAUUGCAGAAACCCCAGAACUGACUGACCGACUUCAACACUUCACACACUGUCCAAUCACAAACCGAGCCGAGUUUCUGGUUAUGUUGCUUUAGAAACGACAUGUAAACUUGUCGUAAACCCCCGGCGGUGAUAUGUGGAAUUAUGUUUGAACUUAAAUUUUUCAAAUAACCUGCGUUGCGUUUACUAAAAGUAAGUAAUACAAUUUGAAGAAGGUGAAGCGGUAAAAUCAGAUUUUGAUUCAACCUAGUGCAAGAUGCCUAUUCAGUCGAUUGCUCUUGGUUCUGUAACAAUUGGACCACCGUCCUGGCGGGACAGCACAGUGCGCUCUAUACAGGCCGCAGAAAACUUGGUGCGGAAAACCCAUCCUGAACGGUGGGGUAGUCGUAGGCCUACGCGUCCUAUGAGUUGUAACGUCGUUACUUUUUCUCAGGCGCAUGGCGACACGGUUGAUAAAGCCUCUAACAAUGAAAAAAGCGAUACUGAGAAUCCCGUGUGGAACAAUGGGACAAGACCACAAACCACAGGAAGAAUGUACCGCCAUACAAGAUUUGAGGCCCCGUUCCCUCCUCCCAGCCUGCAAGAGCAGUGUGCAGAAGUCAGUGUGGGCCUAGCAUUUGAGUACAUGCGUGGUGUGAGGGAGGUGGAGGCACAGUUACGCAGACAAGUAAGCAAGGUGUCCAAAGAGGCCACAAAGCUGGAGAGGGAAAGAGGACAUCUAGAGAAAGUGCUGCAGAGCCUGAAGCAUGACAUACAGGUUAACAAGUGGAGUGUGGAAGGCAGGACCAGGAGACCAGCUUCUACUGAAUUGGAAAGAGAUGGUGCAGAUCACUUACUGGAGUGUGAAAAAAUGGAGCUGACAGAGCUGAAACGAGAGCUGGAGAGCACACUGAGAAACACAUUGGCACAGCUACAGAUCCUGGGGCAGAGUAGUAGGCAGCUGCUGGAGUGUGCCAGUGAAAGGUAUCGUGUAUUGGAGCUCCUUCCACACAGCGGCUCACUCUCCAGAGGAGCCUCUCCUUCUCAAGCACUCGUCAAACCGGACCCUGCGGGUCCAUUCACUCCAAAUUGUAUGCAGGUUCUGAAGGCUUCUUUAUUGGCUGUACAACAGUCACAGAAGCUGAGGGAGGACAUCAAACAGAGGAUCACUACUACCAUCGCCAGACAAAGGGCUGCACAUCGUACUGUCAAUGAUUGUCUUGUGAAGAAAAUUGCAGAGACAAUAACCCUAAAGCAAAACCUCCUUGUGAUGUCUGCAGCAACCAGACAGGCGAUUUUCCGUCAACAGAGGAAGCUCAACUGCAUUAGCCACAGUCAUAAUGCAGCACUGGGCCCAAAGAACAGUGGAGAUUUACUGUCCAGAGAGAAACUCAACAGGCCUCUAGUCCAGAUUUACCACAGACACCCUGGUACACAGUUACUUGAGGCGUCUCAUCUCCUGCAGGGCAGUGCUGUGCUGAGGCGGUGCCUGCAGUCGUCUGAGAAUGAACUUGCAAAGCUGCAGGGCUCUUGUCAGCAGUUGACAGAAAACCUGAAUGCCAAGAGGGCUGCAGCCCAAGUGGACUCAGCCGUGGUGAGAAUGAGACGUCAGCUGGUUGAUCAGCGGGCUGUUCCAAAAAUCCUGCAACAGGGCCUGUACUGAGACACUUGCAUAUGUAUGUUUUCUGCACAAAAGAAUCAUGAUUUGGUACAUCAAGUGAAAAGAGAAUCAAUCUAGUUAGCUGAUUCCACUUUCUAGAAAGAUUGUUUUUGUUUGUUUUUAUAAUUUACUUUAAUUUGAACUUUAAUUUCAUCUUGAGUCUCAAACAUUAAGAAUUCAAAUCAACUUUAAUUGGGCUCUGACUAUCACAGAAGAUGGUUUUGCUGGUUGUCAUCUUGUAAAAGAAAAGAAAGGGAAUAGAAAUGUGUGUUCACCUGCCCCUUUACUGUGCUCACAGUAUGAUUCCUUCUAGAAAUAAACAGUAUUGCUGUUAAAUGAGUGUCUAUUAUUUGUUGAGACUAUCAGAAAAUGUGAGUAGCUAAAGUUCCUAAACCUCUACAUUUACCUCAUAUUUGUAAUUUUUCAGAUACUUUUAUCCAAGGCGACUUUUAAGAGUCCUUCUUUAAUAUAUCAGCAACACUUACUGAUUUAAAUAUAGGUUAAAAAGAUUCAUCAUACUGCAUAUGGUCAUCUAGGUAGUGCAAUUUCAGUACUCGCAUUUUUCUUUUGAGUCACAAGUCACAAGACAGCAGGCCACUUGAUAGUCCUCCCUCUGAACU